GAGAGAAGCAGGUGAGUUUCAGUGAAGCUCCGGUCUCACCUGUGAGCUGAUUUAAUGACGUAUUAGUGACGCAUCGAUCGGUUCCUGCGCUGAAUCAGCUGGUAGCUCCGCUUCUUGACCCUCCCGCGCCUGCCUGUAACAACUACGCAUGAACCCCAGGCGUGUGAAGACCCGUUUAUGCUCGCCGUUCAACAAACGUGACGUCACAUCCGUUUUGGUGGCGUUUGGGCCGCGCGGGCACCUCCCGACCCUGGUCGGACCGGAUUACAGACAGAUUUACAGCCGGUAGAGUACCGGCCUGAUGGUUCUACCCGCCAUUAAGUAAUACAUCAGCACAGAAGCUGCGACACUCACACAGAGUACACACAUUAUAGACUCUCCGCAUCCCCCCGGCCUUCUGGAGGCUAUCAUUAUGCAAACCCAUUAACAUCGUUUGAGAAGUGUGUAUACGGGUCAAAGGUCGGCGCCUCUGAUUGUGAUGUCAUGGUGAUGUCACAGUGAUGUCGUGGGUGAAGCAGCGGUACCGUGACAUCAGCCCCAUGACCCUGCAGGUGGUGGGCGGGGAUGUGAGCUCCAGCCUGUACUGCGCUGAGGUGGAGGGUGUGGCGGGGGGGCUGGUGGAGUCCUUCCUGGUAGAGCUUUAUCGCUGUAAACUCUGCCAGUUCACCUGCGGCCUCAAAGCCACCAUCAGCAGCCACCUGCUGCUCAGGCACCGCCCCACCACCUACAUGGGUGGGGCCGAGGGUGGGGACGGGACCGAGGCAGGGCUCCAGCAGGGGGCGUCGCCCUAUCAGCUGAAGCCAAGUGACGAGGACGAGGACUUUCUGCUCUACAACAUGCUGGACAACAUUAGCCCGCCUACCUGUGACAUCAGCAGCGAGGGAGGGCUGCAAGUGGCCCACACCUGUGAGGUCACCACGCUGUUUGAGGAAGAGGAGGAGGAAGAGGAGCAAGAGGAAGAGGUCUCCUCCAUUUUCCCUCUGAAGGGGGGCUCCAUGUCCUGUCCCUCUGACAGCCCCGCCUCCCAGGAGGAGACAGCGCAGUCCGCGCACCUCAUGACUCUAGGGCUGUGUCGGAUCUCUGCAGUCAGACCUCCUCCUCCUCUUCCUCCCUCCUCCUCACCACGCACACAGUCCCCGACUCCACCCGAUAACCCCACACACCUGCAGGACAGCGGGGCUGACGAUAGAGUGAAGGUUCCACCCCCCAACCUGCUGUGUCUACUUUGUCCACUGACGCUGCCGUCACAGCGCCUGCUCAACAUCCACAUCAGGUCUCACCGCGCCUCCGGCGGCUUCAGCUGCGUCCGCUGCAGCUGGACAGCCGACAGCUGGGAGGAACUGGAACAUCACUGGAGGAGCCACUCCAGCCGGAGAAGGAAGAGGAGGAGGGAAUGGGAGCAGCAGGAAAAGAAGGACAAGAAGAAAAAGAAGACGAUGGCAGCCUGUCAGAGGACGUUCAGGAGCUCCACCCUGCAGAACGCUCCUGAAAAAUCACAGAAACACGAUGGAUGGAGGAGCCAGCGGAUUGGACAAGGAAAACAGAAGGAGGUGGAGCUUCCUGACAGACGGAGCAGCAGACCUCAGGCUGGAUCACAGCCUGGCGCCACGGAGACCGCGAAGAAAGCCAUAAGGAUGAAGAACAGAGAUCGCAAGGAAACGACGGCAGAGAACGGGAAGCAGACGGGUUUCAGUUGCUCGCUGUGUCACAGGAAGUUCUCGUCUAAACUGACUCUGAGGCGUCACCUGGGCAUUCACAAGGGAGAGAAACCGUUCACCUGUCCUCACUGCUCUUACAGCAGCCGCCUGAAGGCUUCACUACUGCAACACCUGAGGACUCACACAGGUGAGAAGCCAUACAGGUGUGCCGAGUGUCCGUAUGCAUCCAUCGAUCGCAGCUCUCUGCUCCGACACUGCAGGACUCACAGUCAGGAGAAACCCUACAGGUGUCAGCAUUGUGACUACAGCAGUAUCCAGAAGAAGAGUCUGGAUCUCCACGCUCGCCGCCAUCACACAGGCGAGGUGUUUCCAUGCCAGCAUUGUGACUACUCGAGCCCAGACCGCCAACUGCUGCUGAGACACAUUCGCAGACACCAUGCCCCCUCCCAGCAUGCUGCUUUCUUAACAUGAACUGGGAGGCGGGGCUCGAUGACAUCAUUGUCCAUGGUGAUUAUGUCGCAGGUUUAUGACUGUUUUUAUUUGUGGGUGUUUUUUAAAAUGAAAAUUAAAGC